CCUAACCGAAGUAUGGGAUGAAUCGUAAGUACCAACGAAAAACCAAAUCCGAAGCAACACAGCAGCAGCUGGAGGUUCAAUCUUCUGGGCUUCCGCCACGUUCUACAAAGCCCUAACUCUUUUCAAUUUUCUCACUUUUUCUUCCGAUUUUUCCUUCGAUUUCCAUCUUCUUCCCUCUAUCUCUACUCUCUAACAAAUUGGAUCUGCGCGCUUCUUUCCCUUUUCCGAUUCGGUUCUGUUCGCAUUUCUAAACCUACUUUGUUAGAGCCGCAGAACUGCGUCCGUUGAUCCUUUGCUCUUAGUUUUUUUCGAAGAUUGUUUCUUUCCCGAAAUUCUCCAAGGAUUUUGAGGGAUUUGGGUCGAAGUUUGGCCAGCCAAUGCUAUUUAUUUUGCCUCCACUAAGAACAAGUUUUCGGUGAUUUUUUUUAUAUAUACCGGAAAAUUGUUGGGUUCGUCGAUGUCUUGGGCAAGCGCGGAAGAUAUCUACCUUUCAACUUCUCUUGCUAAUUACCUUGACAAGAAGGUUCUUGUACUACUUCGAGAUGGUCGAAAGCUAUUAGGCUUUACAGUGAUAUUCCUUUAGGUCUCUAUGUAAUUCGAGGCGAAAACGUUGUCUUACUUGGCGAACUGGACUUGGAGAAGGAGGAGCUCCCUCCACACAUGACUCAUGUAUCAGCUGUGGAGAUUAAAAGGGCUCAAAAAGCAGAGAGAGAGGCUAGUGAUCUUAAAGGUACAAUUAGGAAAAGAUUGGAGUUCCUUGAUCUCGACUGAAUCUUGGAUUUGUUGUUUGUUAGCUUUCUUGUUUGGCAAGCUUUCUGUAGCCCAGUAAUUUUAAUCUGAUCACAUGUUGGCUUUGUUUUGGACAAUUGAGAGCCUAUUUUUUGGCAACUACAAUGAAUCUAAACACUAUGUUGUUGAUCUUCAAUUUCUCCUGUAAUAUUUUAUUCAAUUAAAUAAAAAACCCUCCCUUCAAUUUCUUUA